AUUGGACAGAAAGAUGAAGUUAACACACACGGACUCUUCCUCUGUAUUCGGGGACACCUCGUCUCUUUCCCCUCCAUAUAACCAACCUCCUUCUGCAUCACACAAGCACAUAUACACAAGCACAGGGCAUCAGACCCAUCUCUUAAAUCUCAUCCUUUUCGCCAUUAUAGUCCCUACCUACGAUUCUAUACUCACUUUUGUCAUAAACCCAUUUCCCUAUUUCUCUCUUCUUCUUCUUCUUCUUCUUUUCCCUCAUGGAUUUGACAAUAUGAAGAUGCAUUUCUUGCGGUUUAAUUAAGACCCAGAAAAAGUCUACCCUCGCAAUCAUCCUUCAGAUCUGUGUCAUUGCUCAUUCGGCACACCAUGGCGACAAAAGGGAACUCAGGAGACCUUAAAGGUCGGGGUUCAAUGUCAAUUCUUGUUGUUGCUGUUCUGUGUUGUUUCUUCUACAUAUUGGGUGCCUGGCAGCGAAGUGGUUUUGGAAAGGGAGAUAGCAUAGCUGUGGAGAUUACCAAGCAGUCAGACUGCAGCAUCCUUUCGAAUCUCAACUAUGAGACCCAUCAUAAUGAUGAUGGCCGGAAUGAUGAUUCUAAAGAAAUCAAGGAGAUCAAACCAUGUGACAAACGCUACAUUGAUUAUACGCCCUGUCACGAUCAAAUGCGUGCAAUGACAUUCCCCAGAGAAAACAUGAUAUAUAGGGAGCGGCAUUGUCCACCUGUAGAAGAGAAGCUGCAUUGCCUCAUUCCUGCACCUGAAGGAUAUGCAACCCCGUUUCCAUGGCCUAAAAGUCGUGACUAUGUACCCUUUGCAAAUGCACCUUACAAAAGCUUAACAGUUGAGAAGGCUGUUCAGAACUGGAUCCAAUAUGAGGGAAAUGUUUUUAGGUUCCCAGGUGGAGGAACACAGUUUCCUCAUGGGGCAGAUGCUUAUAUCGAUCAACUUGCAGCUGUUAUUCCAAUGGAUAAUGGGAUGGUCAGAACCGUAUUGGAUACAGGAUGUGGGGUUGCAAGUUUUGGUGCAUACUUGUUCAGAAAGAAUGUUAUAGCCAUGUCAUUUGCACCUAGAGACUCGCAUGAAGCCCAAGUUCAAUUUGCACUGGAAAGAGGUGUUCCAACUUUUAUUGGCGUUCUUGGAUCUAUAAUGCUGCCGUUUCCUUCUAGAUCUUUUGACAUGGCUCACUGUUCUCGUUGCCUGAUUCCAUGGGGUGCAAAUGAUGGAAUGUAUAUGAUGGAAGUGGAUCGACUUCUUAGACCUGGUGGAUACUGGGUACUUUCCGGUCCUCCGAUUAACUGGAAGACUAAUUUUGUAUCUUGGCAGCGACCUCGAGAGGAGCUUGAAGAAGAGCAGAGGAGGAUUGAAGAUGUAGCCAAACUACUUUGCUGGGAAAAGAAGUAUGAGAAGGGUGAAAUGGCAAUAUGGAGGAAAAGACCAAAUAAUGAGUAUUGCCGUAAACAAAAUUCUCAUCCUACCAUGUGUGAAUCCAUAAAAGAUGAUGUUUGGUACAAGAAGAUGGAAGCAUGUGUAACUCCUUAUCCUGAGACAAGUAGUCCAGAUGAACAUGCUGGAGGGGAAUGGAAGCCAUUUCCAAAGAGGCUCGAUAUUGUACCUUUCAGAAUAUCUUCUGGAUCUGUCCCUGGAGUAUCUGCUGAGACCUUCCAGGAUGACAACCGGGCAUGGAAGAAGCAUGUGAAUGCUUAUAAGAGGAUCAACAAAUUAAUUGAAUCAGGCAGGUACCGGAACAUCAUGGAUAUGAAUGCUGGUCUGGGAAGUUUUGCUGCUGCUCUUAACUCUCCCAAAUUGUGGGUUAUGAAUGUCAUGCCUACAAUAGCAGAAAAAGACACCCUUGGAGUGAUAUAUGAACGAGGAUUAAUUGGCAUCUAUCAUGAUUGGUGUGAAGCCUUCUCCACGUAUCCCAGGACAUAUGACCUUAUUCAUGCAAAUGGCCUUUUCAGCUUGUACAAGGAUAAGUGUAGUAUUGAAGACAUUCUUCUGGAGAUGGAUCGUAUCCUACGUCCAGAAGGAGCAGUCAUACUCCGUGACGAAGUAGAUGUGCUGAGCAAGGUGAGGAAGAUUGUGAAAGGAAUGAGGUGGAGUACAGAAAUGGUGGAUCAUGAGGAUGGUCCUCUUGUUUCUGAAAAGGUACUGUUUGCUGUCAAAAGGUAUUGGGUUGUAAGUGACAAUAACAACUCCACAUCCUCACAGUAAAUGGAAACCAAACACGAAAAAUCUCCUAUUCAAAUUCAUAAAAUUUUAUCGUCUCCGUGGGCAUCCAGGCAAAGCAUGAAAGCCUAGGGAUGUGGCUUUUGUAGCUUCUGCAGCAUCUUUUCCAUUUAAUUUUUUUCCCCUUUUUUCUAAAGCUAGAUAUAGAAUAUUUAUAGAUAAUUCUUAUAUCAUUUAUUUUCAUUAAGCAAAACUAGUUUUUGGCAUUAGUUUCUGCUGAUCAGGAUCUUUAAACAUUUCUCGAGAUUCAAUUACAUGUAUUCUUUUUUACAUUUAUAUCAUUUGUAUUCAUUUUUUAAUGUGUAAGUUUUUUACUGCCUAGUAAUA